AUGUCUCGUCUAUCAAUCGCCGACAUUGACUCUCUCCGGGCCAAUUCCGCCCCUAUCCCCUACACCGUCGCCCCAAACACAUCCUCCGAGUUCUUCAAGUCUGCGCAUAACCAUGAGAAGCCCAAAUCAACCCCGCUGGACCACCACUUCAGCCUCGAGGGUCAGGGGUUCCAGGGCUCCGCGAUGAAGAGAUCCGCGAGUCCGCAGAGUUCGCGCAAGAUCACCUCGCUUGGGACGGGGCGGCCGACGGCGGAGUAUUAUCCGUGGGAUGCUCUGGCGUUUGAACUAACCUCGAUGGCGUCUUUGCGAAACGAGAAUGGGAUCGAGAAUGCACUUCGGAACGGGUCCGGUCCGGAAGUGGCCACGCAGACGAUCGGCAAGCACGACGCAGGAUAUAACCUAUCUCUUGCCUUGAACUAUGGCCAUGCGGCUGAGUCGCCGCACCUGCUGCGCUUUGUGACCGAACACGUUGAGCUCGCACAUAACCCUCCCUAUGUGGACUGGGAUUCGGAGGGGUUGAGUCCGGAUCAUCUGCGAGAGCUCUUGCGGACUUGGGAUGAGGAGGCACGGGGACCACGGCCGACGGUCUUGUAUACAGUUCCGUCGGGGCAGAAUCCGACGGGUGCAACGCAGUCGGUGGAGAGACGGCGGACGAUCUAUCAGAUUGCCGAGAAAUAUGAUCUAGUUCUGAUCGAGGAUGAUCCGUAUUAUUUUCUCAGACUGGGAGAUCGUCCCGACGGUAUUCCUUCUUAUCUGCCUCUCGACCGGGCAGGCCGCGUUGUUCGACUUGAUUCUGCAUCCAAUAUUCUCGGCCCGGGGCUGCGCGCGGGCUGGGUGACGGCGAGAAGGCUGAUAAUCGACAAGUUCCUGGCCUACCACGAGGUGGGCACCGUUGCGGUGAGCGGCCCAACGCAGUUGAUGUUGGGGAAGCUCCUGGAUGAAACGUGGGGUCACCAGGGUUUCUUCUUCUGGCUUGAUCGUCUCUCCCUCAGCUAUCGUUCCCGCCGAAACAUUCUGCUGGAGUCCUGCGAUCGGUAUUUGCCGGGGGAGAUUUGUGACUGGAUGUCGCCGGAGUAUGGGAUGUUCCUCUGGAUCAAGUUGGAUCGGAAAAUGCACUCGCAAUUCCGGAGUCAGACUGAAUUUGAAGAUGUGGAGUCAAAGCUCGCGGGUAUAGAGGACCGGAUACUGAAAUGCGGGCUCCAGGAUGGUGUACAAGUCACCAAAGGGUCUCUUUUUUCAGUGCAACAAGGUCCUCACGGAUGA